UCAUCAGCGUGCUGUUCACUGAUUGGAUAUCGUCAGUGAAUGAGCCAUUAACACGAACAGCUCUGUAAGUCAGUUAGCACUACCGAGAGCGCUUCAUGUGAGUGCCAGUCUGACCAGAGCCCUUAAAUAUUAUACAGACCCACUGUAAACGAGGACCUCAGGUGCCCCACGAGCGACCGAACAGCGCAGAUUUCCUGCCAUGUCUGUCAAACUGGAGCACGUCCUGAAGGAUGAAAACCUGAUCAAAAAUAUAGAGGAGAUAGCAAAAGACACAGCACUCUUACACGGGGUGUUGAUGCGGACCAAAGAGACACCAAACUCUCCUGAAGUGGUGAGUUAUGCACCGUUCACGCUGUUUCCCACACCGGUGCCCACAGCACUCUUUCACCAGGCUCUGGCGGUACAGACACAUUUUAACCGCUUGGUGGACCGGGUCAGCCAGAAUCCAGCCUUCCUAGAGGAAACUCUGGCCAGUACCAUCAAAGUUGACAAUUUUACAGCAAGACUUUUCAACAUAUACAAACAAGUUCAAGAGGAACAUCGUCCCCAGUCAAUAGUGCUGGGCUUGAAUCGCUCAGACUACAUGUUGGACCACAGUCCAGACGGAGGGACGUCUCUAAAGCAGAUUGAAAUCAACACUAUUGCUGCAAGUUUUGGUGGUCUUGCUUCACGGACGCCGGAUGUCCAUCGGCACAUUCUGAAGGUGGCAAACCUGCCAGAGGAGUCUAAUAAUGUGCUAGACAACAACCCAGCAGCAGGUCUGGCCAGGGGUUUGGCCAAGGCCUGGGAGCUCUACGGAUCUGAAAGGGCAGUGGUUAUGUUUCUAGUUGAAGACGUUCAGAGGAAUAUUUAUGACCAUCGAUUUGUAGAGAAUGAGCUGUGGAAAAGAAAUAUUCCUGUAAUAAGAAGACAGUUUGAAGAUGUUUGCAGAAGUGGAUCCCUAGAUGAGAGCAGGAGGCUGUUUGUAGAUGGUCAUGAGAUCGCCAUUGUCUACUUCCGUAAUGGAUACAUGCCCCAAAACUACACCUCAGAGGAGAGCUGGGAGGCCCGUCUGAUGAUGGAGCGCUCUCUGGCUGUGAAGUGUCCAGACAUCAGUACCCAUCUUGCCGGUACUAAGAAGGUGCAGCAGGAAUUGGCCCAGCGAGGGGUUCUGGAGCGCUUCUUCCCUGACGAACCUGAAACAGUUGCUCAGAUCCGGGCCACUUUCGCUGGGCUGUACACCCUGGACAUGGGAGAAGAAGGUGAUAAAACAGUAGCAAUGGCUUUGGCCAAUCCUGAUCAGUACGUGCUGAAACCUCAGAGGGAGGGAGGUGGUAACAACAUUUACGGCAGUGAGAUCUGUGAAGUGCUGGAGAACCUGAAGAACUCCACUAAGAGGACGGCUUACAUCCUGAUGGACAAGAUCCAGCCCGUCCCGGUCCAGAACUAGCUGCUCAGGCCCGGAGCUCCUCUGAGACUGAACUCUUGUCUGAGUGAGCUGGGCGUGUUUGGAGCGUAUGUCAGGAAAGGCAAAGACAUGGUGUUUAAUGAGUGCGUGGGCCACCUGCUGAGGACCAAGAGCUCGGAGCAUGCUGACGGGGGAGUGGCUGCAGGAGUCGCAGUACUGGACAACCCACUGCUGGUCUGAACUACAGCACCACCUACUGGACCGGAGGACCAUGACAUACCGCUGACAUCAGGGGGAUUCAUCAUCCCUGUGAUUAAUUUUUCACCUGGCAUCUGUUUUAUCAAAGGUUUAGUGUGUUGAAUAUCCUCUACUGAUCUAUGGGGAACAAUUAUGACUGAACUGCUCAUUCCGUGCACAUGUUUUAUACCUCAUUCAAGGGUUAAUCUGUUGAAGUGUGUGAGAAGUAGCCAUUGAUGUUUUAUAAAAGAGAUUUUUAUUGACAUGUUUCCUUUUUUGGCUACUUUGAUAAUCAGAAUGUAGUUGAAUGAUUAUCAUCAUGAUUAGUGUUGAGAUACAUAAAUAAGCAGCAAAUCAGCAUAUUAGAACGAUAUCUGAAGGAUCAUGUGACACUGAAAACUGGAGUAAUGACUGAAUCUUGCUUUAAAUCACAGGAAAAAUCACAUUAAAAUAUUUCAAAAUAUAUUAAAAUAUAAUUUUUUUUUUAUUUAGAUAUUAAUUGUAAUACUGCUAUACAAUAUUACUGUUUUUACUGUAUUUUUGAUUAAAUGAAUGCGACCCAAAUACCAAACUUGUGAACGGCAGUGUAUAUUAACUGUGGAAACAUUGUGAUUUCAAUGAAAUGUUAAAAAGAUGUUCUAGGACCAUCUACUGGAGAUUAUUUUCUAGAUCUGCACUAAC